AUCGGAGUCAGUGCCCACACCUAAACGAAGGCGAGUCGGAUCAAGACACAACUCGGAUCGAGUCCCACCUUUUUACUCGAAAGAUAUUCACAAAAAGCUAAUAAUAAUACUUUGCCUUUGUUCUAAAUUAUUAUUACGAAAAAUGAAACUGCUGGAAGCGUUUGUUAUUUUCAUUUGGCUCACCUUGGCAACAGUUUGUAGCUACACUCACGACGAUCUUAUCAUCGCUGCUGGCGACCAGCUUGAAUUACUCAGCCAAGGAACAACGUACCGAAAACUAACACUCAAUUCUUACAACGCCUCAAAGUUGUCGGCCCUCGCGUACGAUGCCACAAACAAGAGACUCUUUUUCUCCGAUAUUCGCCACCUUGAGAGUCACAUACUCAGCGUCAGUCUCGAAGAUGAAUCUCCUCGUCUGGUAGAAGAGAUUAUCGAAAAAAAUGACGAUGAAACUGUUGAGAGUUUGGCGUACGAUCCCGUGAAUAAAAUGCUGUUGUGGACGGACGGAUUCAACCGUUCCAUCCGUCAAAUUCAGAUCGAUAACGACGGCAUUCACGCCAAAGAAAAUACGUCAGUUGAAAUUGUCCAUCUUUUGGAAAGUGACGCUAGACCACAGGCAUUAGUUUCUGAUCCUUGUACAAGAAUGCUAUACUGGACAAAUAUUCACAAAUCUCUGCCUACCAUUGAGCGUUCGCACCUUAACGGAAGCCAGCGUGAGGUCAUUGUUCAUUCGGACUUGUUACAGUUACACGCAUUCGACCUCGACAUUAUGGAACAAAUGAUUUACUGGGCCGAAGACCUUCGCAACGGUUUUUUCCUCAUCGAAAGAAGCUACGUGAACGGUAGUGGGAGAGAGGAAUUUUACCGUGGUUUCGGUCAUUUCAUCGCCAGCCUCACGGUGGGCGAAGAUUACGUCUACUGGAGUGACUACGAUCGCAAGAAGCUUUGGUCGUUACCCAAAGAUGGGUCAUCGAAAAAUCCCGUUAACCUUCGGACAUAUCGUAACCCAGCGAUGGGCGUGGUGGUCUAUCGUAACGAGCCUUUGAACUGUGAUCUCAUAUCAUCGCCAGAAGCCAGCGCCGCAGUUGUUCAAAAAACAGAAUUAAUCGAGAAUCUGGAUUCGUCCUCAUCGACUGCUCUUCUGUUGGGGUUCAGUUUUGUCUGCCUCGCCAUAAUGGCGUUGAUCAUCCUGCUUAUCUUACAAUUUCUGAAGUCAAGGGAUUGCAAAGGAAUUCGAGGGGCCAGCAAAACUGAGGACACUAUCCCAUUUGAAAAUUUCAGCAACACUUUAUUCAAAAUGAAUGAACUGUCGCAAAUGGAACAGCAGCAAACUGUAAGUGUACCGAUGCCGGAGAACAGCAGCGGCUUGAAACGGGACGAUGACUGCGCUACUUUAAUCAAAUGCGAAUUUUGAUAACUGAGUCGAUUAAAGGUUAGAAAAAUCUUGGUGCCUCAGCUGUUGUUCAAAGCCGUGUGUCUGGCUUCACUUAUCGUUUCAAGCUAAAAGAAAUUUAUGUAUAUUAUCAGUUUAUUGAUUUUUGUUAAUCUGAAAUUCAUUUGAAUCGUGAUGUCAAACUUCCUUGCUGCUGUAAACGACGU